AUGAAUAAUGGUUAUCUCCUUGAUAUACAAUCAAAUUUAUACUGUAACUUGACUAAGGUUGAGUCAACUCAUUGUAGGAAUGAACGCUUUGGUCACAUCAACUACCGAAUGCUUGAUAAGCUCAUUAACCGUGAACUUGUCAAAGGCGUUCCAAAAAUUAACACUAAAGCAGAAGGUGUUUGUGGUGCAAGCCAAAAGGAGCCGAAAAAUGUUGAGGAAGCACUCAGUGAACCUUCUUGGGUAAACUCAAUGCACGAGGAACUUAAUCAGUUUAAAAGACAAGAAGUAUGGGAACUUUUUCCUAUGCCACCAGGAGGAUUCUCUAGAGGUGGUGCUGAUAAGACACUUUUUACCAAGUGGAGUGGAAAAAAUGUACUUGUAGCACAAAUAUAUGUAGAUGACAUUAUCUAUGGAUCCACCUCAAAGACUUUGACAGAUGAAUUUCCGAACCUUAUGAGUGAAGAAUUCGAAAUGAGUAAUGUUGGAGAAUUAUCAUAUUUUCUUGGUUUGCAAAUACAGCAACAAAAGAACAGUAUUCUUCUUUCUCAAGAAAAAUAUGCAAGGAAUUUAGUUGAAAAAUUCGAACUAAGAGAUGCAAAACCUAUGGAAACUUCAAUGCUAACUACUGGAAAAAUUCAAUCAAAUCCAGGAGAAAAAUCAGUUGAUCAGAAACUAUACAGAUCUAUGAUAGGGAGCUUGCUAUAUCUUACUGCAACAAGACCAGACGUUGCUUUUAGUGUGGGAUGUUGUGCUAGAUUUCAAGCAGAUGCUAGAGAAUCAUAUCUCAAAGUUGUAAAACGGAUCAUUAGAUAUGUUAAUUGUUAG